AUGUCCUCUGUAAGUGAUAGCAUAGUUCCCACUCUAAAUAUGGAUUUUGCCGUAUUUGUAGUUCAUGCCAAUGAAUCUCGACUCUCUAUCAACGAAGACAACGCUGGCAUUGGUUACGCGAAGAUCUACAAAGCUUUACUGAGAGUGACCGGUGAGUCUUGCGUUAGAUUAUUCGGACUGAAGUGUGAACGUUGUUUUUUGAUAGAGAACCUGUACGUACGGAGAGAUUAUGAUCAGCCACUUGAUCGAUCGGGUUAUGUCAUAGAUAAUCGUUAUGUGAGUUUCGGCUCACAUUGCUGGACUGUCCUGAGGUCAAACUUCUUAGCCCGUUCAAACCGCAAUAGUUUCUAUCGUCUUUUUAUUUUUCAAUUUUAAGCUUUUAGUUUCAUUUGUUUAUGUAGCCAUUAAUUUAGCAUUAACUUAAAAAAAAAUUAUUAAAUUCUCUUCACAACUAUGGUAGAACCCCCCUAACUCUAACCCGGUUAACCCGAAUCCCCUCCCCAUCCCCCCACCACAGUUGCGAAAUGAAAUAUAGUUGCCCACUUUACAUUGUUACGAAUACUAGUGCUGUUUCGGUUUCGCGCGAGAAUUCAUAUCAACGAAUGUUCAACGUUCGAUCGUUGAGUUUUACUAUUUUUUAUUCUGCUUGUUACCAUUAGGCGAAAAAGUUUUAAUAAUUAUAGGCGGUGACGACAACUAUGUGGGGAGAGAAGAGGAAAACGAAGCUCUCAUGUCACGUUGGGCUCGGAGGAAAGUUUCGUCACAAUUCGAGGAGGAAUAUCUUGACGGACGAAAAAGUUUCAUUUUUUCUUGGCACAAAAACCACCGAGAGAUUCACGAGAAAGCUCUUCUACACUUUUUUGAACCAAGUAAGAUGGGUGAAAAGUUUGAUUAUCAUGAGCCAGAAAUGAGUCUAUCAGCCGACACUUCUAACGCAACAGCUGAGGAAAAUAACCAAGGGCUGAAUCCUCAACCAGAGAUCACACAAUCGACGCCGUCCAACGUUCCAGAGAAUAUUUCAGUGUAUCCAACGGAUGAGGUGAGUGUUUAACUGAAAUUCUGUUCUUUUACACAUUAUACAAGGCAUUCUUGGUGAAUCGACGCAUUUGAAUCAACACUGCGUUUGUGGUGACGUAGCUUAUCAAUUAUGCUUCAUUAUUGUUGCUGAUGCUCUCUUCUGUUGAUGACGGCUAAGUUAUUGGUGAAUGGCUGUUCUACAAACCUAUUGAGGCUUUUUUCUAUUUGAAGAAUGCAGUUGACGUUAUUCCUGGUUAAACUUUGUACAAAAGUAUUCUGUUGCUAUGUAGUGAAAUUGUGAGAAAUAUCUUACUUAUCCCAUUAAUAGGAAAAAAAGCGUUGUGAGGGGGAGGGGGGUGGGGGCAUGGAAUUAGUGAGACAAGCCUCCGUGAAGAAUUUGGUCAAUAUUUAACUAUAAAUUUGCUAAUUAAUUAUGGUAUACAAACCAUAUGCCACAUUAGCUAGGUUGUGGGGUUAAUCUAUUUCCAGGCAUAAUUCUAUGAAGAAAAAUAAAUUAGCUGUAUGUGCUUACAAUCUCUGGCAAAUUUUGGUUCAAAAUCCCAACCAGACUAUCCCCUGAACUGCUUGCGUAAAUUGGCGAUCCAGGGGUCCUUAAUGCAACCGAAAAUAAAACGAUUCAUAGAGAGAGAGCUGCCAUAAAACAUUAAUUUCAUGUUUACCAAUAGAGAUACUGAAUCAUUUUUGAUAAAAUCAGUUUACAUAUUAUCUAUGGGUGCAUGUUACACAACUCAAGGAAAUGGUAUUCGUUGCAAAACGGGAAAGAAACGUUGUAACGUUGUAACGUUGUAACGUUGUAACGUUUUAAUUGAAUAUAUGACUUUGAAAAUAUAGGUCGAGUAUGUAAAUGAAUUUGAAGCAUCUUACAAAAAGAACAAGGAGGAAGUAAUAGUUGUUGUGGGUCCUCGUGAUAAGAUUCCGUCAGGUAAGGCUACAUUAAAUUAAUCUUUAAGUUAUUUUAAAAUACUUUGGUUAGUGAUCGGGUGUAGAGAUCCUAGUAAUCAAUUCUCUUUACGUCGUCGAACGCUUCCCUAUUACGUAUGGCGAGAUAAAUUCAACAUCAUUUUGACCCAAUCAUUUUUUCAAGCAUAGAAUGUUCGAAACAAAUAACUUCAUUCCCUUAUCCAAGACAACUCAUUCCCUGACUCAUCGUGGAUACCUCAUGAGAUGGUGUAGCUUUAAGGCACAGAGAUGAGAAGGAAGGAUCCCAAUGACACUGUGACCCCCCUCUUUUUCAAAACGUGUAAUUACUUAAAACAAUAUUUAAUCCUAGAAGGCUCCGAAAUGGAGAUAAGGCGUCAGAGUCAGCUUCCCCUUCACUUUACUUGAAUACUAGACCUACUCGUGCUCCUAAGGCUACAGAAUUACAUGCAAGAGAAUUUCGUACGGAUGUUCAGUCCGUAGAGCGUGUUCGUCCCGUGUUUACAUUGUCUGAUCUACUAUAUCAUCCCAAUUUUGUCGUGUGUUCUUUUUCUUUCUCUACCAGGGUUGUCCCUGAAUUAUCCAGAAGGUUCAGUGCUUCUAGAUACUCGGCUUCGCCAUGGGGAAGUCUCAGACGACGCGAGAGAUGUGGUGCAUAGAGAGGACGGAUGGCAAGUACCGGAAGGCUACAGGGACCAUCUACUAGAAGUAUGCACGCGGCAGAAACCAACCUUAGAGUAAAGUUUGUAGUUCGCCAAAACCAACUAACCACAAUUAUAAUCCGAAACUGGUUUGGACCGCUUUUGGGGGGAUGUUGCACAAUACUCUGAGCCUUAACAAAGGCUAAAUUUUUCAACAAAUUUUCGUUAGCAACCCAGAAGUAAUCUAUAUACAUAUAUUUUUUUUUCGGGCAGAAGGUUGACCACUCGUCAAAAAAUAGAUAAUCUUUAACUGCGUUUUUGAUGCAUGGCAAAGUUUACUUUAGUACUGAGUUUGAAAGCUUGUGGAAAUUGAAAUAAUUUUAAUGACAUUAUUGAUAUAAUACUAUCAUUAAUUUCGAGUAAGGCCG